AUGCGGGAUUACGGGCGCGGGGUCCGCGGUAUUUGCGGGACUGAAAAAAAGCGUGCAGUUGGUGUAGAAACCUUAAAAAAUAAAAUGAAGGAAUUUGACCUUGAUUUAGACAAAGAUGUUAUUGCAGUAACAACUAACGAAGCCUCGUCUGUUAAAUUCAGUAGAUGCGAAUUAGUUAGAGAACUAAUUUUACAUGGAUUUCCUCGACCUCAAUUAGAAAACUGGGUAUGUCUCAUAGAAGGAGAAAGUUCUGGAAGGACGGACGUUAUUGGGGGGCCAGACUCGGACGGUUCGUACGAUCAUGGCCUCUUCCAAAUAAACGAUCGGUAUUGGUGUAGCCACGAUCGUCCUGGAAAAGGAUGCAAUGUGCUUUGCAGUGAUCUCCGGUCCGAAAACAUAUCUCUUGCAUCAAAAUGUGCAAAAGAAAUCUACAGACAAAGCGGCUUCGAUGCUUGGGUAGCUUGGAGGCACGAAUGCAGAGAAAAAUUGCCAAACAUACAUCACUGUGGCAUUUAA